AUGGCAAUAGAUAUUGUACAAAAACCAAGUGUAGGGUUAUCAAAGAUUGCACUUUCACAAACACAUGGAGAAAACUCCCCAUAUUUUGCUGGUUGGAAAGCAUAUGAUGAAAAUCCAUAUCAUGAAAAACAUAACCCUUCUGGAGUUAUACAAAUGGGCUUAGCGGAAAACCAGGUUUCGUUCGAUUUGCUUGAAGAAUUCUUGGAAAAUAAUCAAGAAGCAACAAGUUGGGGUAAAAAUGUGUCUGGUUUUAAAGAGAAUGCUUUGUUUCAAGAUUAUCAUGGGCUUCUAGCUUUUAGAAAGGCCAUGGCUAGCUUUAUGGAACAAGUGAGGGGAGGUAAAGCAAAAUUUAACCCCGAACGAGUCGUGUUGACCGCGGGUGCAACCGCGGCCAACGAGCUUUUAACCUUCAUUUUAGCCAACCCCGGUGAUGCGUUGCUAGUACCGACUCCUUACUAUCCAGGAUUUGAUCGCGAUUUGAGAUGGCGAACGGGUGUAGAAAUCGUUCCAAUCCACUGCGAGAGCUCGAACAAUUUUCAAAUCACUCUCGAAGCCCUAGAAUCCGCAUAUGAUCAUGCAAGAUCCAAGAACAUGAAAGUACGAGGGGUUCUGAUAACAAACCCCUCAAAUCCGUUGGGUGCAACCAUCCAACGGAAAGUUCUGGAACAGAUCCUAGAUUUCGUCACGAGAAAAAACAUCCAUUUAAUCUCUGACGAAAUCUACUCAGGAUCUGUAUUCCAUUCUGACGAAUUCGUCAGCAUAGCAGAAAUCCUCGAAUCAAGAAACUACAAAGACUCGGAACGAUGUCACAUCGUUUAUAGUCUUUCGAAAGACCUCGGCCUCCCCGGUUUCCGCGUAGGGACCGUAUAUUCAUACAACGACCAAGUGGUUACAACCGCCCGUCGCAUGUCGAGUUUCACCCUAAUUUCGUCGCAAACGCAGUUUCUUUUGGCGUCCAUGUUAUCAAACAAGGAGUUUACAGAAAAAUACAUAAAGAUCAACCGCGAAAGACUGCGUAAACGAUACGAAACAAUCGUUGACGGGUUGAAGAAAGCGGGAAUCGAGUGUUUGAAAGGGAAUGCAGGGUUGUUUUGUUGGAUGAACUUGAGUCCAUACUUGAAGGAAGCUACAAGAGAAAGUGAACUAGAGAUAUGGAAGACGAUAAUGGAGGAAGUGAAGCUGAAUAUCUCGCCGGGAAGCUCGUGCCGGUGCUCGGAAGCCGGUUGGUUUAGGGUUUGUUUUGCAAAUAUGAGUGAAGAAACACUUGAAGUUGCACUUAGAAGAUUGCAUGAGUUUAUGGAUAGAAGAAGAAAUGGACAGGUGCUGUCUAUGGAGUAA